AUGGCUUCGAUUGAUAAGCUGUUUGGGUCGUCGGGUGGCCAAAAACUGGUCAGUGGCCUAAGUAAGCUUUUCAGUGGCUCUUCAGGACCUCUUGACGUUUCGAAAGUUAAGCACAAAGAAAGAACAGUGCUCCCAGAGCCCAACCGCUCGGCAGUUGCCAAAGCGGAGGAAAAAAUUGCUGAAAACGAGGCUGAAAGCAAGGAUGGUGAUGUGGCAAACGGCAAACGGAGUCUAGAGGACGAAAUCGACCCGGAAGCUGAAAAGAUCAUUGAGAAAAAGAAGAUCUCGAAGAGACAAAAACGAAAGCUUGCACAGGAUACCGAAAACGCAGAUUUGGAGGCAAAAUACUAUUCAGGACUUUUAGAAAAGGAAGAGAAAGGUGCGAAGAAUGGGGAUGAAGAUAAGACUGUUGAUGCCUCUGAACAAGAAGACGCAAGUGUGGAAUCGGGCGAAGAGUCGAAGUCGCAAGUCAAAGCGGCUUCAAAGAAGGACUUCAAAGAAGCAGAACUAGAAAAAGCGGAUAGAACGGUCUUUGUUGGUAACGUUCCUAAGGAACUGGUAAACUCUAAACAAUUAACAAAGAAAUUCAAGAAACUUUUCGCUGUUUCCAAGAAUGUUGAAAAGGAAACCGAAAACACCAGCGAAGAUUUGGAGUCUGAGAAUGAUGCAUUUUUCAAAAUCGAAAGUGUACGUUUUAGAUCGAUUUCAUUUGAGGAGUCUUUACCAAGAAAGGUGGCCUUUGUGCAACAAAAACUGCAUAAAUCCAGAGAUUCAGUCAACGCUUACGUCGUUUACACCGAAAAGGCAGCUGUGAAAAUCGCUUGUCAAGCUUUGAACGGCAAAGUAUUCGAGGGCCAUCAUCUGAGAGUUGAUUCAGUGGCUCACCCCACGCAGCACGACAAUAAGCGCUCUGUGUUUGUUGGGAACCUGGAUUUCGAAGAAACUGAAGAGAACUUGUGGAAUCAUUUCAAAGAAGCUGGUGAUAUUGAGUACGUGAGAGUGAUAAGAGACCCCAAGACAAAUGUAGGAAAGGGUUUUGCCUACGUUCAGUUCACGGAUUUCCAGAACAUUGGCAAAGCUUUGUUGCUUGACGGGCGCAAGUUGAAUGGUACUGGGCGCAAAUUGCGUGUCACCAGAUGCAAAAACAUCAAGAAAACGCAACCACAAUCUCAAAAAGGUAGAAAUGAGAACCUAACUACUCAGCAAAGAACCAAGCUAGGUAGAGCCAAAAAAGUCCUUGGGAAAGCGGAUAGAUCGACUGCUGGUAAGGAAAUUACAAUUGAAGGCCUUAGAUCUACAAAGGGUAAUUCAACCCCUGUGCUGAAAAAGAAGAAGCAGAGAUCUAAAACCGGGAGAGUGACCAAGCGUUCCACUGCAUUCAAGAAAAACAACCAGUCCAAGGAAAAAUAA